CCCACAGAAAAGAUGAAGAAAUGGAAUCUCUGCAGGACCGUGUAAAUGCGUUGGAAACGAGUACCCGAGUAGCCUUGGACCAUCUGGAGUCUGUGCCUGAGAAACUAAGCCUACUAGAAGAUUUCAAAGACUUCAGAGACUCCUACAGCUUCUCGGAGAGGAUGGAUGGGCGUCGCCCUAAACACAGAGUGUACAGAGAGCCUCUUCAGCAGCACCGAGAUGGCACCAAGUGCAGAGUCAAGAGCCUCAAGGGUGACAGAAGCUUUGCUGAAAGUUGCCAUGCUCAUGGAUUAGAUCAUUCAUCCUCUUGGCAGGAUCAGGGUAGCUUCCUGUCUAGUCCACGAUUUUCACACUUGAACUCUUUUACUCAAAGAACCUUUGCUCCAGAUUCACCAUUAUCCAAGGAAGAUGCCACAAGUUUACCAAUGGAUGGAGCAAGUCCACUGUUCAGAAAGGAAGAAUAUGAAAGCAAAAAAUGCAAAAUGUAAUGAGUUGCUUUAUCUGAGUGUUUCCCAAAGAGUGGCCUUUCCGACACUGCCCUGUUGGCCAGAUCCUCUGGCAGUGUCGUCUGUCGCUUCUGCUCUUCGGCAUUGCCAAACUCUGAGAUAGUGCUACAGUUGGUCUUUGCAAACGAUAUAAAUUAAACAAAUCCAAAUCAUAUCAACUCAUGAGUGAUAUGCAACUAACUUAUUCUCAAUUUAUGGCAACGUAGUGGUCUUCUUUACUUUGCACUUUCCUUUUUCAGGUGUGAUCAUUCAAUGAUUGGGAUGUAUAAUUGAGGCUUUUCAAAAAGGACUCUAAGAAGGAGGAGAAAUGAGUUCCCCUUGAAGCAGAGGUGGUCAGGACUUUAAAGUCAAGGAGCAUUUAUAUACAAGUGAUCUUUAAAAAAUGCUUUCUACCUAAUAAAUUGUCAUGUGUUACAACAUGUCAUAGAGCUAUGCAUCUAUACCAUUAUCCCACUUUGUAAAUGUUCAGGAGUGUUACCAUCCAUCAUUUCAGCAGCCUAUUACUACCAAUAGUAUCUUAAAGUUAUUUCCAAACAUCAAC